AAUUAAAGUAAGAGUUCAUAUAAAAAUGCCAACAGAGAAAGAACUAGAUCUUGAUAAACUUCUCGCUAUGUCUAAGACUGACACUACAGCAUGAGUCGAAGCUCUUAUUACUGAAGUUAGAAGGCUUAAAGGAGUUAUGGCUGAGAAUGAAGCUCAUUUUAGACAAGAAAUUCAGAAGAGAGAUCAAAAAGUGGUAGAUUUGACCCAUAAGUUGGAGAAAUACAAUAAGAUAUUUUCAUCUUUUAGUCGUGUACUGACCAAUAAUGGAUUUGGAAGCAACCAUCAUCACUUUCAUCGUAAAAGAACUUCGCUCAAGUUUGCAAACAAGGAAGAAGAAGAAAAGGAGUGGAGUGGUGAUGAGAGUGACGAGUUCCAUUCAUUCGAAGGAGAUCUAGACGGAUAUGAAAGUGAUGAAGAGGUUAAGGAGGAAAUUAACAAAUUUGGAAGAGAUUUGUCCAAAUACGUAGAUCCAAAAGACGAAGAUAAUCCACUGUUGCAUGAGAAGAUGAAAGUGUUUCACGACAUGCUAGACUUGUCGAAAUGGACUACAGUGAAAUCAAAGGACGAUAUCGAGUUAUUCGUGUACUCAGGGGAAGAAUUUAAAGCAAGUGGGACAAUGUCCAGUACUAUCUUUGAUUACACUCCUGAUCAAAUCAUACAUUUUCUGACAAUACCAGGCCAAAUUGAGAGUUGCAGUUCUGUUAUGGAGAAGAAUGAAAUCAUUGGGAGUGUUUCUCAGGAUGUCAAGAUAGUUUACAUGAAGAUAGCAAAAAUAUUGAUGAUAGCAUCUCGCGACUUUGUCAUGUACUCAAGAAGGUUCACAAGCGAAGAUUCUAGAGAAAAUGUGAUAUUUUACUCAAUCGAAGAUGAAGAGUACCUGAAAUCUAAUGGAGUAGACAAGCCUCCGCUUACUGAUGGAACUAUAAGAGCCGAUGUCUUGAUCGGAGGGUGGCAUUUUGAAGUACUUGGGCCUAACAAGACCAGGGCAACUAACUUCAUGGUCAAUGAUUUCAAGGGAAGCAUUCCAAAAAUGGUGUUAAACAUGGGAGCGUCAACUCAGGCUCAGGUAAUGACAAACAUGAAAAAAGCUAUGAAAAAACUAGUAGAGGAAGGGGAGCUAUAGUUUA